AGGCGCUCCGCUCCGCGCCGCCUCCGCCGGGACAAUAGCGCGGGGCCAUGUCGUCCGCCGGCGGCCGCCAGCCCAGCCAGAGCCGGGCCAUCCCCACCCGCACCGUGGCUCUCAGCGACGCGGCGCAGCUCCCCGCGGAUUACUGCACCACCCCCGGCGGCACCCUCUUCUCCACCACCCCGGGAGGCACCCGAAUCAUCUACGACCGCAAGUUCCUGCUGGACCGCCGCAACUCCCCCAUGGCCCAGACCCCGCCUUGUCACCUCCCCAAUAUCCCUGGCGUCACCAGCCCUGGCUCGGCCGGCGAGGAGCCCAAAGUGGACACCAACAACUUGAACCACCAGGAGGGGAAGCCAUCCAUGGGGGACGACGCUCAGUUCGAGAUGGAUAUCUGAGCGGGAACCACGGAGAGGCAGCAACUCCCCAGACCUGUGCACACCCCAUUCGGCUUAGCAGGAUCUGUCCCGCGGAGGCGGCAGUGGUCCCUGCCGGCGUCCCCCUCCCUGCCUGCCUCCCCUCCCUCUUUCUGGGGAGCACAGCUCUGUUCUCCCCACUUUGUGGGUGACCAGUCCCAGCAUGUGCCAGACAGAGCAUCCCUUCCAGAUCCGGCCCUGUUCCUCCUCCUCCACCCGCCGGCAGCCUGAUCUCUACCGGCCUUCUUUUUAAAACAUCCCUUUGCCUCUUCUGCCACCUCAUGCUCCCCCCCACAAAAGCACCCCUCCUGUUACCCCAAACCUCCCGUUGCCAGCAGCUUGGCGCUCUGGAGCUGCAUCACCCCCUUUGCCCCUUCUCCAGGAAAAUUUGGGCAGCCUCUCGGGAGGAGGGGGAAAGCGUUGCUCCUAAAACCGGGCUCCCACUUGCACCCCGGGGCGGGGUUUUUUUCAGUUCUCCCGGGACCUGCUGGCGUUCACGGAGGACAACAUUGGCAGCCUGGUCCCUUUGGUGCUCCGGGUGCCCGCAUCUCCUACCUGUAUUUCUUCCGUCUCGACCCUUCGACUGGGGCUGCGUCCCCAACCCGCCAGCCAGGACUCAGAGCGACAUAGCCAUAUGUUACAAAAAAAACCUUGCUUUUAUUUUUUUUGGUACUAAAAGGGGCACUUUACUGGCAA